GCCAUGGGGACCCUGCUGGCCCUGGUGGUCGGCGCGGCGCUGGUGUCCUCAGCCUGGGGGGGCUGCGUGGAGGUGGACUCAGAGACCGAGGCCGUGUACGGGAUGACCUUCAAAAUCCUGUGCAUCUCCUGCAAGCGCCGCAGCGAGACCACCGCCGAGACCUUCACAGAGUGGACGUUCCGCCAGAAGGGCACUGAGGAGUUUGUCAAGAUCCUGCGCUAUGAGAACGAGGUCCUGCAGCUGGAGGAGGAUGAGCGCUUCGAGGGCCGUGUGGUGUGGAACGGCAGCCGGGGCACCAAGGACCUGCAGGACCUGUCCAUCUUCAUCACCAACGUCACCUACAACCACUCGGGCGACUACGAGUGCCACGUCUACCGCCUGCUCUUCUUCGAGAACUACGAGCAUAACACCAGCGUCGUCAAGAAGAUCCACAUUGAGGUGGUGGACAAGGCCAACAGAGACAUGGCGUCCAUCGUGUCGGAGAUCAUGAUGUAUGUGCUCAUCGUGGUGUUGACCAUAUGGCUCGUGGCAGAGAUGGUUUACUGCUACAAGAAGAUCGCUGCGGCCACGGAGGCUGCUGCACAAGAGAACGCCUCGGAAUACCUGGCCAUCACCUCAGAAAGCAAGGAGAACUGUACGGGUGUCCAGGUGGCCGAAUAGCCCUGGCCCUGGGCUCCAUCUCAAGGAAGAGCCAGCCCUA